ACCACACCGGUCACUCCGCGCGCAGCAACGUACAUACGCUCACGGAGCUACCGUACACAUGGGCAACGCCGUGCCGCGCAACAUGCGCCACGAGGCCACGCCGAAAGCCAGGGCGGCCGGGGCCUCGCGCUCUGGGGCGACGCCGGCCGUACCAUCGAGACGUGUGUUCUCGGCGGCACGCAGGCAUGGCGGGAAGGUAGCGCGGGCCGCCGGGGGUCGACGCGGGGCCGAGGAUCAGCAGGUGGGAGGCGGCGGCCACGGAUCCACCGUGGUGAUGACGGUGAAGGUGGUGGUGACGAGGAAGGAAGCGGAGAAGCUGAUCGCGCGGCUGGAGGAGCAGAGCGCGAGGGAGCGCAAGGCUAGGAUCGCCGAGCUCACGGGCCAGCUCAGGGCGGGGGACGGCGGCGGCGGGAGGAGCACGGCAACGUGCGGGGCCGCGUGGGCGCCGAGGCUCGCCGUGAUACAGGAGAGCUAGCUCCGCGUAUAUGCAUGUCGACCUAGUUCCGCGCAGGCGCAGUAGCCGCUGGUAGACGUGUCCGUGGUUUAAGAGUUUUAGUACGUAGACAGUGCCUUAACCGCUGGUCACUCGUCACUCGGCCAUGUACUUUGUUCAGGUGUUGCAUAGCGUACGGUGGCACGGCAAGUACUAGGAACUACUCCCUCCGUUUCAAAAUAGAUGACCCAAUUUUAUACUAUAGUUAGUACAAAGUUGAGUCAUCUAUUUUGAAACGGAGGAAAGAUCAGGACAAUCUAAUUUUCUUAUUGGUAUCGUUCUGCAUUCCUUGGCUGGUUCGUAUG